UUAGUAUGUUCUCUACCUCGAAUAGAUAUAUUGUGUAAAUAUGAGAUAUACAUUUCCUCUCUGGAGAGGAAAGGCGAAGGACGUGUGAGAGAAGAGAAGGGAUAAUGCCAAUCUGAAAAUUUGGUAAACCUGACCUCAGUCAGAUGUGAGCAAUAUAACAUACAAUCAGUCGAACGAAUUUCCGGAACACAUCAAAGUUUUAUAUUGCGUGUACAGCACACACAUUAUUUUGCAACGCUCAUCACGACUGCGGAUUCACAGAUCAAAGUUCUCGAGAUAAUCAGUAAUUAAUCAAUGUGUUUUGAUCGCGUCUUUUUUUAUUUCUCUAACCGAGACAUAAUUUUAGAAUUUGUUCUUUGCUCGCAAUGCUCUGACUCGAGUGUAAAUGUGUAUAAUAAAGUGAAUUGAGUGGAUUUGCCACCAGGUUAUUGCUCGUGUAAUUGUGAAGCACCUUAAUACAUACGAGAAAUGUGUAAAAAUACAAUUUUAUAUAUAUUACGACGGGAAAUUUUUCGUCCGUUUUCUUCGCACCGCGAUAAAAUUUUCUGAUGACGUACCAUCAUUCACUGGUAGUAUUUUUCGAGAGUACGAAAAAUGCAACUCGCAAGUACAACUCUUCUCGCAAAGAUGAGAAUCGAGCAACUCGGACUUCUUCUGUGGAAAAAUUACAUCAUUCGAAAACGACAACCGGGAAUAUUAGCCCUGGUUUUUUUAUGGCCUAUAGUGAUUUUUAUGAUACUUUACACUGUGCGCGAUAAUGUCGAACCGGAAUAUUAUCCGACAUGUCAAUUUCCCGCAAGAUCGAUGCCGCAGGAUGGGCUUCUGCCUUUCGUGCAGAGUUACAUAUGUAGCGUCGGAAAUCCCUGCGAUCCGCUUGCGGAAUACGAAGAAGUGCCUUCCUUUAAAAAUGCCACUUUAAGUCCCUUGGUCGUGGAAUUACAACCGAUAAUCAACAACAAGACCAUUAUCUCCGCCGUGGAAACGUUGCCGCAGAGUAUUCAGUUGUUAAAGUCAAUGGCACAGAUACUCACCAAACCGGAGAUCAAGGCGCUUUUCGACAGGGGAAUUCGCUUGGGCGACUUGUUCAACAAUCAUGAACAAAUUAAGGAUUUACUGAAAUCGCAAAUGCCUGAGGCGAGAGAAGGUUUGGUCGAUGGUUUAUUCGAGUCGUCCGUAAAGUUAAUCUAUUUGAUCAAAACUUUUGGUUCGUCCAACAUCGACGGCGUCGUAUGCUCCGCGGACAGUCUAAAAAAAUAUUUGAUUUUGCCUAAAGAAGAAGAUUACGUCGAGAUAUCAAACGUUCUCUGUAGCAUCGACUCGAAAGCGAUCCCCGACAUUUUGGAGAACCUUUCGAAGCAUUUGGACUUCAGCGGUUUGCUGGAGAUGGUCGAUCGCGCGAUGGCAAAAUUUCGCGGUUACAACUUCUUCCUGGAUCUGAAGCGAGCAAUAGAAACUAUCCUUGAUCUCAAGACGCCCAAGAAGUACAUACCCGAAUACUUGAAGCUUCGCGAAUGGCUGCCGAAGAUGAUUCUGGUCUUCCAGAAUGUAACUUUCAAAGAAAUUGACCUUGGCUUCAUGAAUAAAGCCCUUGUGGUUUUGGAUCCCAUAUUUGCAUACGAAAGAGAUUGGCCUGUUGCCCGUAGUGGAUUCUUGAAAUUAAAUCGGCUUCUGAAGAUGGUAAAAGAAAUCGCAGAUCAUAGCAAUCUCAAUGACACGGACGAUUUCUUCACCGUGAUAGAUCAUUUGCGGGGAGCAAUAUCGAAUUCGAAUAAUUACGAGAAUAUCACCCAGAUAUUGGAUCUGUCGUUUUUGAUCUUACAGGAUGGCAUCAAGCUCACUAACAAGCUGUUGGAUCGUCACGUAGACGACUUUGAAUUAGCCGCUAACGUCUUCGACGGUCUAAAACAUUUCUUUUCCGAGAAUCUGGUGAACUCAAUGACGUACAUUGUAUCACUCAUUGAUAACAUUGUACAAAUGACGCAUCACGUUACCAUUCUUCACGAGGAUACUUUGACCAGGCUCUAUGAAAUUUCUAAACACCAUCAAAGUUUAGUUCAAAAAAUGCUGAUACAUUUGCCUCCCAACGUAUACACGACGAUUAUUCGAUCUUUGUCUCGACUAGAUUUUGUGGAGCGUUUGGUGAAGAAUGUAAGUAAAACACAUCCCGAAGAAGUGCUUUGUCGAACGGACACAAUGAACGAGAUGUUCAAUAAUUAUAUCGAGUUUAAAGACAAAGCUGGCGAAAUUAAUGAAUUAUUCUGCAGCGAUGACGGGAAAAGAUUUAUCAAAGAUAUUUAUGACAGCUUUGAGUUCGAAAAAUUUGGAACAAUUGUAAGUAAAACUUUAUCGACUAUGGUUUCUAUGGCACUAAAAAAAGUAGUUAGACCUCAGAAUACAAAUCUGACAUCUGUUGUGAGAAACGUUAAAAGUUUCGUGUCGUACUUGGACACGCGAAAAGUAAAAUAUUUGAAUUGGACCAUUUUUUCGACCAGCGACAAAUGGACCAAAACUUUUCACGAGACGCAACUUCAAGGCAGACUAGACAUCUUGGGAAUUCACUUGAGUAUAGCGAAGAUGCUGGGUUCCAAAAGUUUAUCCUUCAUGUCCGUCGAGCCAGAUUUAGAGCGUAUGGAUAUAUUAGCCGAAAUAAUUUUGCAAGAUCUACGAACCAAUCCAAGCAGUUGGAUCGAAGAAGUACGUCGACAUGAAGCCGAGCUGAUCGAAUCGUUUUAUCUUACCGUCACGGAUAAAGAAAAGACAUUGCGAAUUCUCGAAUAUUCGAAUUUCACGAGAACGUACUGCACGGAUACGAAGCCGCCGGCUUUGCUGAAUUUUCCUAAGGAAUCGAACGGCACGGUCUUGAAGGAGUUGGUGUGCUAUCUAGCCAAAUCGGUGCAAACGAAUCUGGAAUUGAACGUGACCAACAUCGAAAUCGAAGAGGCCAUUUAUAGACAGAGGAGAUUUAAUUGGACGUCGUUCAAUGAGAAGACAAUCGAAAUUUAUGAGUACAUCGAUUCUUUGGUGCAUCAAAAGGAUCAGCAGUAUGAUUUGAAGAAAUUAGAGAAGCUGAAGCAGAAUUUCAAGAUUUCAUGGACGAUAGACUUGACAAUAAAAGAUAUAUGGGAGAUCAGCGUAGGUAUACUCUGCAAGAUCUUUGAUGUGAUGGAAAGCCCAUUGUUCGGAAUUCAAGCCAAACAAAACUGGAAAAACAUUUACGGUCUCGCUUGGGCAACGUCGGUAAUUUUCGACAAUAUCGAGAAAAUUGUCGAUCAGAUUCAAAAGAACGAUCACGUGGCGAGACUUUCCGACGUUCUGCAGGAAAUGCCACAGACUGAGAUACUCGUCGGCUCUUUUCUUCGAAAUUUAUCACCGAUUAUUCUUGAUAUAGUUGACAUGAUAACUUUAAAACCAGUGGCUCUCAUAUCAGUCAUCGACGAUUACAAACAACGUGAAAUAAUGUGGCCGUGCAUUAUGAAUGAGAGUAUUGGCACCGCGCUGGAAUUAAGAAACGGAAGUCGCGAAGUCAUGCGUGAGAUCGAAAGAAUAACUUGUAAUCCGAGUCUUUUUAUUAAAGAGUGGAAGGAACAGCCAGUUUUGAUGAGAGUUCGAAAAAUUUUCGAGCACGACGAAAAUGUAGAUUUACCACCAUUCAAUUGGACUUUGGGCUAUAUCAAAUUUCGACGACUAGUAGCAAAGUUUGACGUUCUGAUAAACGACGCGAAAGACAUUGUUCUGGCGGAAGAACCAAAGUUGGCGAAGUAUUUGAAGACAAUUAUUACAGAGGCGGAUAACAUUAUCGAAGAAAGAGAGCCAGGCAUGAGAAACGACUGGAAAACAUCUAUGGAUCACAUUGAUCUGGAAAUCGAUAAAGCUGUCAAGGUUUUUGGUAGUGAUAUUUACACAAAUGAAAUUUGGAAAAAUUCUCGAACUGGUUCUUCGAAAUCAAUAGACAUCAUUGAUCGCGCUCUUGUCCUUUUAAAAUUUCUUUCUAACAUCAUUCACAAAGGUGCACGUGCCGCGAUUAAUACACUGAAAAACGGCAAUGGAAAAAUCGCUUUAUUAUCCUUGUUGGGAUUCGACAGCGCGUCUCCUGUAACCAUUUUUCACGAUCAACUCCCUUAUAUCCUGUCAACGUUGGUGAAUGGGAUAUCCGAUCCUGUGAUCGACGAUCGAAUCGUCACGUCGUUGAAAAGUAACGUUACGAUCACGUGCUCAAUGAUGUUCGAUUGGUUGUCGGAAGCUAGAGUUGGUCUGAGCGAAGAAGACUACAGAACUCUGAAAAAUUUCACUUGCGAUCUCGACCCUGAAAACUUUAACGUUUACACUGAUCUGUACAUGGCGGAAACGACAAUAUGGCAGAGACCCGUCAACAAGUACCGAUCUUAUGUAGCUUCGAUGGUCGGUGAUCUGUACGAUCUUGCGAAAGCUGUCAGCCGAACAAUAAAUAACGAUGUAGUCAUCGAACCGCUUUUCUCGAAAAGAUAUUUGGAACAUUUGCUGCGGGCGAUAAGGGAUACUUUGGAAGUCAAACAAGCAGAGAGCACUUUUCACAAUAACCUGAAGCUGGGUGAAGAAUGGUCGAAUUACAGAUUGGCAGUUGAGGGAUUGUCGGAAAUUUUAAUACAUAUUAGCAAUGCGUUGAAAACUGUCGAGAUAAAUAAUUAUAGUUUAGAGACUUGGGAAUUGGCGGAUAACUACAAUACACGCCAAAUACUAAAGAUUUUAGAAUCUCAUCCCGAAGAAGCUAUCGCACUUGUUGCUACUCUUAGCACGCUCAAUUCGACAACUGGCAUAUUUCUACCCUUCAAGGAUCUUAGAAGGACUAUGUGCACUCUUCACUUUAAUUCUGAUUAUUGGUCCACGCCGAAUAGAACGAAUUUUCUACGGGAACUUUGCUCGUUUGAUGCUUAUCAAUUGUUGAAAUUUGCCACGAGCGAAGAAUAUUACAACGUUGUCACUGGCCGAUCAACUGCUUUUUCGAGAUCAACGCCGUUGACUCUGUCGCUAACAAACUUGCUAGACGUCGUGUCAAAUGUCUCCAGCACAAUGCCGGGAUUAAGUCUGAAGUCAAAUAUUUUCAACGUGACAACGUGGCAGAACUUGUCGAACGAAACGUGGAUCAUGAUCGUGAAAAUGGAAAAAUCUUGGAUUCACCAAAAAUCUUUGUGGUACGGAUCCACAAAUACAGACCAUCUUGUCGGUUCUAGUAGAGUGCUUCAGUUGUUAGAAGCGGUAAUCGAUCUCGCGUCCGGCGGAGAUAUCUGGCAGAAGCUUCGCGGUAUGCACGACGAGACGUCGAAGCUCAAGCCCUUGUUAACUCUCGUAGAGGAUACGCCUAAUCUCCUUAUCACCGCUGUCGACACCUUCGUCUCGUCCGAGAGACUAGAUGACUUUAUACAGAAGUUGUUCCUCGGUCUGGUGAAUCCUUGCGACAUCGAUCGAUACUUGAUUCCGCCUGGUUAUAUGAGGAAGAGAGGUUUACUGUACAGCAUCACAAAUUUCUGUCAGAAGAUUAUCAUGACCAACCAGAAUCUAUUGUGGACGGAUUUACUACCUUUCAACGAAAAAUACAAUAAUAACUAUUAUACCGGCAAUAUGUCAAAAAUAUCCGUGCAAGAAACGGAAUUGUUACAUAGGAUCCAAGGAUUUCAAGCAACUUUAAUUCGCGUCUUGUCGGAAGAUUUCAAGCAACCAAAGAUUCCUACAUGGUGGACAUCGUUUGAGGAGGGCACCUUAAAGGACUUUGUCGCACAAUAUAAAAAAAAAGAUGUGAAAACUCUGACAUAUUCGAUGGUGAAGAAAAUAAUUGUAAUCUUCAAAAAUCUUUUAGAAGUGCAACCUAGUUCCAAAAAUUGUACAUGGUGCGUUACACUUCCAUUGGAGAUUUUAAAUUCUCAGUUGAUAUACCAUACUCGUUACUCAAAACUUCUCUGUCAAAUGACUCGAUUGAAUAUAUCACAAGUACAUAAUAUCUUAAUCAACGAGUUUAACUGGAACAAAACAGGCAGCAUGAUUAAAGAUUAUAGAUUCUUCAGUAAUAAAAAGACAUUGAACGAAUUCUUAACCACGUUGGAAACUACUUUCCAUUACGUCGCUGAUAUUAUAAUCGAUUUCCAAAACGAGACGUAUCACGAUAAUACAAUGAACUGUUUCUACAAAUUUGUCGGCGGUCCUAAUUACUCUAGGCCGGGGUUAUACGUUACGUUCGUCCUGAGCAUUCUCGAUAUGCUGCAAAAGAACGUCUUUAUCCUGGAUUCGGCGACUAUCCAUGAGAACAUCAACAAUUUGACCAGAUUGGCUGAUAAGCACGUGCCAAUUUGGGAACCGUUAAGUGAAGUAGUGAAGAAAUCCGAACGCGCUAACAUCAACGCUGCGUUACCAAACGCCACUAUCAACGUGAACGCAAUACUGAGCAAUCUGAAUACAAGUUUGUGCCGAACGAAGGUUGACUGUCAAAACGCGACAAUUCUGUACGAUUUUCUUAGCUCGAAAAGAGCGGCCAAGGUUUUUCGAUACGAUCCGAAAGCGUCCAAGUAUCCUUCUGUGUACGACAUAUCAAACCAGUUGGCUCGCGGUCUCGACAUAGAUCUUAUAAGUCGGCAGCAACCUUUCUGGCGCUCGCAGGCCGCCUGGGAGCUCACCUGGCUAAAAGAAAUCCUCGGUCAUCUUUCCACGAUCCUCGGGGAGAGUGGAAAUCUUCUGGACGUCGCUAGUAAAAUUGAUUUCGAGGACGUCUCCAAUGUUCUCGGAGUUCCCGAUCUCGCCGAUGGCAUAGUCAAUAUAUUAAACGAUCACACGAUUGACAAACUGUUCGAUGGAAUGAAGGAACUUCUCGAGGACGUAGAGCCCUUUAUGAGUGAUUCCCAAGUAAUCAACGAUUUGUACAGCAUGAUCACGGCGUUGGAGUCGAUGGAGAUUUUUAAGAAUUUGGGACUGCUGGACAUGAAAUAUGUCGUCAGAGAAAUGUUCGACAAUUGGGACGUAGUGAGAACGUUCCUGAUUAAUAAAAUCGGCAUUACGAACGAUGUUGCGAGCACUUUGGCCCAGGCCAAGAUAGACAUGAUUUCGGUCUUCAUGAAAGAACGGGGCGUUAUCAGCUUGAAAGAUACAAUUUGUUCAGCGGAGAAACUUGGAGAUAUGUUGUCGUUGAACAACGAUCUUGUGACCGCCGAAGAAGUCAGUUCCGCGCUCUGUAAACUGGACGACUCGCAGACGCAAAACAUCACCAUCACGUUGAUGAAGAACUUGAAUUUCGAUUAUAUCUUCAAAAAUUUAAUGAGCGCCAACGUAAAGAACAUCCUGGCCAAUGCAAAUUUAACAGAGGCGGAAGGAAAACUUGUGCUGGACAAUCUCGGCGUCGCCUCUGAACUACUUCCAUUUUUCAAGGAUAAAUUAGCUUCGAGAUUUUCUUCGGGAAAUGAAACGGAAGAAGACGAUGCGAUGGAAGAGACGGAAGGAACGACGUCCAGUUCUCAAUUUUUAAAGGAUUCCAGUCAAAUGCUUUGCGGUAAAACGCUAAUUCAAGACAAUGGACAAUUUUAUAAAAUUAUAUCCAGUUUGAAGGACAGCAAUAAAGCGUAUGAUAAAAAAGAACUUGAUUCUCUGCCGACCGAUUUCUGUAGAGAAACGUACAAAAGUGUGCUCGGCAUGCCGGGUGGAAAGAUCAUUUGGUCGUACGUCAAACCUCUAUUACGCGGUCAAAUUCUUUACGCGCCCAACACCACCGCGAUUUCCGAAGUUAUGGCGCUGGCGAACGAAACUUUCGUGCAAAUGGAACACUUCAGCGUGUUGAUGAAUAGUUUCGAGAAGACCCUUAACUCCCUGGCUAGUCUCUCGGAGAUGGGCGAUAGUUUAAAGGAGUUACAAAGUAUUUUGUCCUCGGACGUCAUGAAAGUGGCGAUCAAAUCUAUGGGCGGUGGCGAUUUUGAAGGUGAUUUUUCCGAUCUAAAUCUCAGCGAGAUCGCGUGGCGUCUGAAAAAAUCAAAAAAGCUGAUUUCGAUGAUCGGUACGCUGAACGACAUGAUGGGAUGCGUGCUGGUGAACAGAACGAUAGGAUUCUCCACCGAAGAGGAACUGGAGGAAGCAGCUAGCCGGUUAACCGACACAAACGAGUUCCUGGCCGGAGUCAUUUUUCUAAAUGACGCUUCUUCGCAUCGAUCGAGAAGAUCAUUGGAGCACGAGUUACCGGACAAUAUAACUUAUAAGAUUCGUAUGGACGUGGACUACGUGCCGUCGACUAGACGACUAAAGACUCAAUUUUGGAUUCCCGGACCGGAAAGCAGCUUCAUCGAACAUCUCAGAUAUCUUCGAGGAUUCGUGCAACUUCAGGAUUCUGUCGAUCGCGCGAUCAUAAGAGUAAAGGCUCGAAGAGAUUUCACCUGGAAAACUCUUACGCAACAAAUGCCGUAUCCAUGUUGGAAAUUUGCGCCAUUCCAAACGACGCUGUAUGAGUCUCAAGGGGUGCAGGUUUGCUUCUUCUUCGCGUUGAUGAUGUGCGUUGGAUCGGCUGUCCGGCAUAUUGUUUGGGAGAGAGAGUCGCAGAAUUCGAUGGUGAUGAGCGUGAUGGGAUUGAAACCUUGGCGAAACACUCUUGCUUGGUUCAUCACUUCGUUCGUGGAACUUUCGAUCGUAAUGAUUUCCAUUGCCCUGAUUCUAUUGGUCGGAAAAAUUUUUCCGCGAUCGGAUCCUUUGUUGAUACUUAUUUUGCUUUUUGAUUACAUUUUCUCCAUAGUAACCUUCUGCUACAUGAUCUCGACGAUGUUCAGCUCCGCCAGUCUCGCCGCAGUUACCACGGUUGUCAUGUUCCUGUUAACUUACAUGCCGUACGUUAUUGUUAUCGCUAUGGAAGCUGUAUUCGGACUUGGUUACAAGCUUUUAAUUUGUCUGAGCAUGUCUACUAGCUUCUGCUACGGGUGUCUCUACGCCGUGCGAAAAGAAGUUCAAGGCACCGGUCUUACUUGGGCACACGUGUGGGAAGAAUCGAGUCCUGGCGAUCCAAUGUCCUUGGGAUUGGUAUUACUGAUGAUCGCGUUCGACGGUUGUCUGUACGCCGCGAUUGGCUACUUCGUAGCAAGAUACACCAAUUCAGGCAAGGGCUUUCACGGUUUGAGGUCCCGUAGCUUAUGGUGGGCCGAUACACGUUCUCUCUAUGGCAAACCGAGCUACCUCGCCUUCAUCAACAACCUCUAUUUCACUAACGACGUUCUCCACCCUUCAGCCACUUGCCAAGACGACGAAAGCGACGUUAGCAGUCUGACGGUCACCGAGAAGCAAAUCGGGGUGAAAUUCGACGGUAUUAGAAAAGUCUAUCACACAGAACAGGGUGAUGUCGUCGCCGUGGAGGAUUUCAAUUUGAAGCUCUGUGAGAACGAGGUGACGAGCCUACUCGGAAGAAACGGCGCUGGAAAAACUACCAUUAUUAAAAUGUUAACGGGAAUGGUUGCACCGACCAGCGGCGAGAUUUGGCUCAACGGCGAGGAAGGUUUUAAACCCGAAAUAGGAGUGUGUCCUCAAGACAACGUACUAAUCGGAACAUUAACACCGAGGGAACAUAUGAUUUUUUACUGGAAACUCAAGAAACCUAGCGACAAUAACAUUGAUAUGCAGAGAAACGUUAACGAAAUGUUGGCUUCUUUGGAACUCGGACGCCAGGAACUUGAGCCUGUGUCGCGCUUAUCGGGUGGCACGCGACGUCGGCUUUGCGUGGCCCUGGCUUUUCUGGGUUCACCGCGACUGGUCAUUCUGGACGAACCCGGUGCCGGUGUGGAUCCUGCGGCUAGACGGCGAAUUUGGCGUUUGAUAGAUCAACACAGGAUCGGCAGGACCGUGCUCUUGUCGACUCACCAUCUUGACGAGGCCGACAUGCUGAGUGACACAGUUGUGGUGAUGCAUAAAGGGAAGAUCUUGUGCACCGGUUCGCCGCUCUCUCUAAAAAUGACUCACGGCCGAGGAUACCGACUGAACGUAUCCUUCUCGCCGGAUUACUAUGUCAACGGCGGUGAUACGGAAAAAGAAAUCGGAAGUACGAUAGAGAAAAAGAACCUGAAGGAUCUUCGUGGCAUCAUUGAGGAAAUUGUGCCAAACGCCACGAUAAAUGAAGCGUCCGAAUCAGAAGUCACCGUCGCUUUGCCAUUUCAGGCAAAAAAUGGCAUGAACAAUGACAUCGCGCAAAUAGCGAAGGCGCUGGAAGACAAUCAUAAGCUCUUGGGAUUCUCACACUUCUCAUUGGAGUGCGACACGUUAGAAAGGGUCUUCUUGGAUCUUUGCGCGCGAGCAGACAACGGAUCGAGCAUUAUCAAAGGAAGUCAAGACAGCGUCGCCAGCAUAGAGCAAAUUGGUAUUUCCAUUCCGGAUGACGACGUCGAUCUAAUUUCUACGGAUACAAUAUUGAAACCCUCGAUGAUCCGACAAAUGAGAGCCAUGAUAAAGAAGAGGCUGUGGCAUUUCGCGAGAGACUGGAGAACGCCGUUGGCCGCGCUCAUUUUACCGACCAUGUUUGUCGCGGUCGCCAUGGGAUUUUCUUUAAUACGGCCGCCGUCCGAGGACGAACCGGCUCUCAACCUGUCUCCCAAACUUUAUAACACUCAUCCGACUUACUUUUACAGUGUCGACGGCAGCAACGAUCCCUUCCUGCAGCACGUGUCAAUGCAGCUCCAUGAUCGUUUCGGAGAUGAUUACGCUGGCGCUUGGCAAACUUUACCCAAUGAUACCGGAACUUGCGAGUGUUUGGACGGACAGCAAACUUGCCGAGGUGUUUCCAAAGCUGUGGAAGGUCUUCUUCAAACUCUACCCGGUCGGCCGACUCUGGAUUGGAUCGUUUCGACGCAUCAAGAAUACAUAGAGAAACGAUACGGCGGCUGGUCUCUGUCGCACUGGAAAGAAGAUCCUCUUUUUGUUGUUUGGUACAAUAACAAGGGUCACCACUCUCUGCCGUCGUAUCUGAACGCUCUCAACGAGGCGAUCCUGCGAGCAUCCGGAGUGCAAGGGCACUUAACUACUCUCAAUCACCCCUUGAAAUUAUCGAGCGAUCAGCUAAACCGAACUACAUUAUUGCAACAUGUGGCGGACGUCGGCGUGGCGUUAGUGCUUUUGAUAGCGUUUAGUCUGGUCGGAGCUCAGGGAGCAAAGGAAUUAGUCAGAGAACGAUUGUCACAGGAAAAGAGAAUACUGUUCUUGGCCGGGGUUCAUCCCGUCACGUAUUGGACAACAGUUCUAAUUUGGGAUUUCAUAGUAUUUAGCUGCGCUAUUGGCCUCGCGAUCGUUGUUUUCGAAAUCUUCGGUUUGUCAGCUUACGUUGCGAAGGACAAUCUUCCCGGAGUCUGUCUCUUAUUGUUCCUAUUUGCAUGGGCGGCGAUACCGUUUUCACAUCUUGCCGAAAAAGCGUUUGACGACUCGAGUUUGUCCAACAUGGUGCUAUUCUGCGUGAAUACUUUUAUAGGCGUGGCUUGUCUGGCGACCAUUUUGGUGCUCGAUAUUCUUGGCAAAUCGAAAACUUCCGAAGACGUGAGAAACAUUCUCCAUUACAUUUUAAUGAUCUUUCCGCAAUACACUCUCGGCGACGCGUUGGUCGAGAUAUCGAGAAACGACAUCACUUCCGAAUUGCUUCAAAGAUUUCACAUGGACACUUACAAAUCUCCGCUCAGCUGGGACCUUCUCGGUCUUCAUUUUAUUUUUCUCACUGCAAUCGGCGCAAUUUUGUUCGCGCUGAAUCUAAUGAUCGAGUGCCGAGUCUUGCCCGACGUGAGAAAACAGAAAAUCGGUUACGAGGUCGUGCAAGAAGACGAGGACGUUGCCAGAGAAAGACUAAGAAUCGAGGCCGGCAUGGCCGACGACACCUUGAAGACGAUAAAACUCAGAAAGGAAUACAGCAGCGUGUACGGGACGAAUGUGGCCGUACAAAAUUUAAGCCUCGGUGUACAGGCGGGAAGUUGCUUCGGUCUCUUAGGGGUGAACGGCGCGGGAAAGAGCACAACAUUCAAAAUGCUGACGACCGAAAUUAUUCCCACAGCCGGAAAGAUUAUUUUGAACGGUCAAGAAAUUGGCGCUGGACCGCUGUGCAACGGCCAAGUUGGUUAUUGCCCUCAGAGCGACGCCCUGGACGGAUUUCUCACUCCUCACCAGUGUCUGACGAUUCACGGCGAGGUCUGUGGAUUGAACAAUGUCCCUAAGGUCGUCGAGACAAUGCUGAAGAGAUUCGAUCUGCUCAAGUAUGCUCAUCGAAGAGUCGAUAGUCUUAGCGGCGGUAACAAAAGGAAAUUAUGUGCUGCUAUAAGCGUAAUGGCGCCUGUCGCGAUUGUUCUUAUGGACGAACCUACUAGCGGAAUGGAUCCCGCCACGAAAAACCUCGUGGCCAAGACCGUGAAACGCGUGACGAGGAAGCAGACGUGCGUAAUAUUGACUUCGCACAGUGUCGCCGACUGCGAGAGCCUCUGCUCGAGGGUAGGGAUUCUUGCUCGAGCCGGUCUCAGGUGUAUAGGAACGCCGCAGCAUUUGAAGCACAAAUUCGGCGAGGGAUACGUCGUCUUUCUGAGAUUCAGCCAGCCGAUUGCCGCCGCGGAUCUAAGAAAGGCCAUCCUAAAAUAUCUGCCACAGGCGAUGAUCUCCUCGAGACAGGCCACAGCUGCUCGACUCUUGCUGCCGCGAAGUCAGGACACGGCGCUCAGCGUGAGUUUCAGCAUGGUAAAGCUUCUGGCCGAGGAGCUUAAGGCCACGGACUACACGCUCACGCAAAGCUCGUUGGAUCAGGUUCUGGUGAAUUUCUCGGAAGAACUGGACGAUGAGACGGUCGACAUAACUGCUUUUGGUCAAGGCAGCAGGAACAGCAUGCCCAACAUGUACUCCAGCAUGGAUACAAUUCACAUGGACACAUUUUGAGCUUGUGUCCUUUUUUUUUUAAUUAGACUAA